AUGAAGAUUACUAUUCUUCCUUUCAUUACCGUAUUCUUGAGCCUUUGGCUGCCUGCAUUUGCCUCAUAUUAUGACUGCAACAAAAGUCAUAUUCCGGAGGAUAAAGUGUUAGAUGCCAUUGAAGAUUACAAACAUUUCCAACAAAAUCAUGGCUACUUAAUGGGUUCUCUUCGACAACAAAAUGUACGCAAAGCCACAAUCGAUUUUAUAGAUCAUGAUUAUCCAGCCUACAAGUUCAAAGUUAAUUUUGACCAAAACUGGCGUGUUACACUUGUUUAUUCUAAAUUUGGAAGGGAGAGAGAUCCAUGCAAAUAUGUACAUUGA